AUGCCAGGCGCUGGCGUUCCUAACGGCACCAGGGACUACGAAUGGAGAUAUGAAUACUAUGACGAGGAGGACCCGGUGUCUUUUGAAGGACUCAAGGCGCACCGCUACUCUAUAGUGAUCGGCUUCUGGGUCGGACUGGCUGUCUUUGUCAUCUUCAUGUUUUUUCUGCUCACACUCCUGACCAAGACCGGAGCUCCACAUCCUGACAACACUAGUCAGCUGCCCCGUGUGAUUGGCUGCACGGACACCAGCCUCAACAAUGCAGCCCCUCCUCCCCGCCGUAGUGUUCUGGACUCGUCCUGCUCUCUUUUCCAAUGCUAUGUCUCCAAGGAGAGUCAGGUGAGCUCCAGGGCCCUGUGGACCACAGGUGGUGGUGUGGGUGGAGGAGCAUCAGGAGGCUGCAGCAGGAGGCCCAGCAGCAGUCUGGAGGCGGGGGACGGCACACUGCUGCAGGAGCUAGCAGUGACACCUGAUUGGACGGGGAAAGAGGCCGUCCUGCUGGCCCAGGUCAGCAUCCCUAACUGUGUGAACUCUGACCAGAGCUCAUCUGUCGGGGAGGACAACCUGCUGCUGGGAGACCUAGAGCUGCCAAUCAUUUUGGAGGGGCGGGGUCACAGGAACCAUAGUGAUUUCAACAUAGGCCUGGAGAGCCUACGUGACAACUCGGUUGAUAUCUGA